AUGGAUUCUUUUCAAAACUUCUCAGAAUUAUCGCAAACUGCAGAUGAGAUAUCAACCAAAGUCAAGAAUUUUGACGGCAAUCAUCAUGCCAGAACCGAACUUCUCAAACAGGUUGACAAACUUCGACUUUUUCUCGAGGAGCCAAUUGAUGCAGUGAUGUGGCAAUGGGAAUAUACAAAUGUCAUUGCUGCUCUCAAUCUCUUAGUAGAAACAAAAACCUUUGAGACAAUCCCUGAAAAAGGAUCAAUUACGGCAAAGGACCUUGCUGCAGCAGUCAAUGUAGAUGAAUCCGCCAUUGCCCGUGCAUUAAGAAUUAAAUCUCUUGCAUACCGACCUGGUUUCCAAGAAGAAUUCUUCAAACUCAUUUAUGACCAUACUCCCGCAUACAUUAAACUCCCAGAGUACUUCCGAACUCAUUCCAAAGAAGAUCUUUACGAUCUGACAAAGGGGCCAUACGCUUAUGGCCAUGGAUUAGAAGGCAAAACUUAUUAUGAAGUAAUCUCUCACACUCCAGAGCGUCUACAUAUGUUUAAUACGACCAUGGUAACCAUGGAAAGACAAUCUCCUAUUACUGGCAUGUAUCCAUUUGCCACACUCAAGCAUGAAGUUGAAGCGGAAAAAGAGAGACCAUUUGUGGUGGACAUCGGAGGUGGAAGAGGCCAAGCUUUAAUUGCUAUUCAAAAAGAAGCACCUGAGGGUUUUGGGGCAAAGAUGAUUCUUCAGGAUAGAUCAGAUGUUCUGGAAAGUUUAACCGAGCAAGAUAUUCCCAACAUUGAGAAAAUGGUCUAUGACUUUCAUACACCUCAACCUAUCAAAAAUGCUCAUGUCUACUUCAUUCGACGUAUCCUCCACGAUUUUUAUGAACCAGUCUGCAUUCAACUUCUCAAAAAUAUCGCAUCGGCUAUGGGUUCUACAUCCCGCGUUGUGAUUGCUGAUAUGAUACGACCAGAGAAGACUGAUGUUGAUGGUGAAAUAAUGAUUUAUUGGAUGGACUUUUGUAUGAUGAUGUUAAAUGGAAAAGAGAAGAGUGAAAAAGAGUUCAGAGAGAUUAUUGAUGCAGCUGGAUUGGAGGUUAUUAAAAUCUGGAGGUAUCCAGUUGGAACACAGGCACAGAUUGAGUGUCGAUUAAAAAGAGCAUAA